AUGGAGUGCAAGAAAGACAUAUAUAUCUAUGGUGACGGUGAUCUGAUGUGUGAUGGUGCAGGUGUAGGGGAAUCAGGAGGGGGUCCCACAAAGUCAACGGUGUUCAUCAAUGAUGUGUGCUUUGAGGUUGAAUUAGGAGAAUUAUUCAAUGUUAAGGAGGCAUUUGGUGAUGAUGCAGUGCUCAUACACUCAUUUGGUCAGCCUGUUUUGACCAAUGAAUGGGGGGUUACGCUUCAGCCUCUUCAGCAUGGUGCUCUUUAUUACUUGGCUAGGACUUUUACUCCACCACCUGCAGAUGACAGAACUAUUGAAUUGGGUUUGGCUAGUCCACGGCAUGGCCGGGUUAGGCCUUCUACGCAUUGCACGUCCAGCACAUUUCACUUUGGUGCUACUUGUAUGGCUUCAGAAGCAAUACAGUUACUGACUUUUACCUGUGUUUUCAUGCACGCAGAUUUAGAUGAAUUGACAAUGGAAUAG